AUCUAGUUCAUGACUGACCACAACACCACACUGAAUUAUAAUGUAUGUAGGUGUAGGAUCCAUCUGCUCUAUCUGCACUUCUGUGAACAAAUAUGCUUGAAAUGUUUUAUGGAAUAACAAUUUUCAUUUCCUAUUUGCUAUAUACAGAGGGACAAAACUAUCAUGAAUUUGGCAUGAUUGAAUCAUGCACUGGAUCAGCUGGAGGUAAUGAAAAACUCUUCACUUAUGAAGAUGAAGUGGCUGCAUACAUGGACCUGGAAAAGAAGAAAAUUGUCAUGGAACCUAAUGUUAUACUGUUAGCUCCUGUCCCUGAGCUUUUGAUAUUCACCACUGAUGAAGACCCUUCCGCUGGAUUAACACGUUUGUGCGAAGAUACAUAUUUCAGGACACUCUCCUUUCAUGUACCUGAACCUCUUGAGCCCCCUUUGACUUCACUUUACCCAAGGAACGAUGUGAAGUUAAAUGUCAGGAACACCCUGAUUUGUCUGGUUUCUGGAUUCUACCCUCCACCUGUCAGAGUCUCGUGGACCAAGAACAAUGUGAAUGUGACAGAUGAAUCAACUCUCAGCAGAUAUCACCCCAACAAAGACAGGACACUGAAUGUAUUUUCUCGACUGAGCUUCAUUCCAGAUGAAGGAGACAUUUACAGCUGUUCUGUGGAGCACAAAGCCCUUCAACAACCUCAAACCAGAACAUGGGAUGUGGAGAUUAAUGAGCCCAGCAUUGGUCCAACAGUGUUCUGUGGAGUUGGUCUGGCUCUUGGGCUUCUGGGUCUCGCCACUGGAGUCUUUUUCUUUGCCAAAGGAAAAAAAUGGAUAUAAUACCGACACACUAAAAAUGCCAUAUUUGUUUUUAGUUCUGUCAUCACGCACAGAUUGAAUGCUAAUUUGCUUUGCAAAAACUACUGUGGAUUAUAAACACACACUAGAACAGGGGAUGAAGAGGCAGGACAACUUAAAAUCAAAACUAAAAUUGUUUUAUUCUCAUUAAGCUGCAAAAGCAUUAUAUCACAUAAGUUGAAAGAGUAGUGCUAAGAAUGUAAAACUGGGAACUGUCAGCACAACAGUGAUAAAUGCAAUAUUAUAUUUCUGAACAAUGUAGUCCAAAGGAAUUAUAAAAAAGAUAAAACAAUAAUUGUCCCAAAAUAGAUCCCUGGGGCACACCAUAUAAUAACGGAACAGGUGAUAAAGAAAAAAUUCCCAAAUUUUCAGUAAAAGUCCUAUUCACAAAGUAAAGAGCAAAUCACUAUAGUACAGUACCAUACAUUCAAGAAGGAAGUUUUGGUUAAUGGUGUCAAACGCUGUGCUUAAAUCCGUCAAAUCUAAAACUGUGCAUGAGCAUUUGUGUAUAUUGGCAUUGCAGUUGAACUGGUUCUGUUUUGUCAAUAUUUUGUCUCCUAAUAUUUCACGGAGGGUUUUGUCGUCUUUCAGGCUGUUACUUAAUGCUUGUAACGAGUGAAAAUAUUGUGGCUCCUUUCUGUGCACUGUCUGCAGCCAUAUGCCACGAGUAACGCCUGUGUGUGGGUGCGAUGGUUUUACUUUUAAUUUCUGUUGCUCCUUUAAGUUGUCUUCUUUUAAUAAGUAACGCUGUUGCCCGGAGAAUAAAGCUCAAUAUGCGGAAUGCGACCUGUGUGCAGUUUUGGCUGAUUUCUGCCGCAAAUCGAGUUGAACGAGCUAUCCUUUAGCCUCGACUCAGCGCGUUACAAGUUCCUGUACUGCUCUUCAGUGUUGCUGAGUGUCUGCAGAGGUUCAGAGCAUGUAAUGUAUUGAUUUCCAGCUGAUAUGAUGUGUGCUAGUAAACUAAGAAACAUGAACAUGAGAACAUUUUACCACAUAAAAACUGAGAUUUAAAAUGACAAAAUAUGCACAAACACAACUGUUUUCAACAUUGAUAAUAAUAAGAAAUAUUUCUUGAGCAGAAUGUCAGAACUACUAAAAUGAUUUUGGAAGGAUCAUGUGACACUGAAAA